ACACAAGCAAUUUACCAUCCUCACCUCACCAAUGGAGCUGCCAUUCAGUAGAAAUGGAGGAAACAAGGAAAGUCAGUUAAACAUGGCAUCGUAAAGAAAGACGAAACACUGUCAUUUAGGUUGAACAGCAUGGAAAACUCCUCGGAAUGGAGCAACAUUUCACUCGACUCUGAUUUCGAGCCCUGUGCCACGUUGAGGAGCUCCGGUUCACGAGUUGCCCUCUAUGUCUUCAUCAUCGCAGGGAUCGUCUGCACAGUUGUUGGCAACUUCCUGGUGGUUCUGGCAAUUGCUUACUUCAAACAGCUGCAGUGCCCUACAAACUCUUUCGUCAUGUCUCUGGCUGUUGCUGACUUCCUGGUGGGGCUGGUAGUUAUGCCAUACAGUAUGGUCAGAACAGUGGAAGGAUGUUGGUAUUUCGGCCCAACCUUCUGCCAUCUUCACUCCAGCUUGGACGUUAUGCUCUGCACAGCCUCCAUCUUCCAUCUGAGCUGCAUUGCUUUUGACCGCUAUUAUGCCGUCUGCAACCCUUUGGUGUAUUCGUUUAAGAUGUCCCGUAAACGUGUAGGUCUGCUGAUUGUGGUUUGCUGGGCCAUUCCUUUCCUCAUCUCCUUCGGCCCAAUCCUCCUCGGGCUGCACAAGCUUGGCAUGGACGUUCCUUUGACUGAGAACAUGUGCAUCUUCUUGGUGAACCGCGUUUAUGCAGUUAUGGCAUCCCUUGUUGCGUUUUACCUGCCUAUGGUGACCAUGUUGGUGGCCUACUGGAAGAUAUACAAAGCGGCAAAGCGGCAGGCCAUGCAGAUAAGCGCGAUGGAGGCGCAGAUGGCGGCAGGGGUGGGCAAGGACUCGAGCAAGAAACAAAAACAUCGCAACUCUAUAAGGAGGGAAAGAAAAGCGGCCAAAACUCUAGGCAUCAUCAUGGGGGUUUUCCUUCUUUUCUGGUUGCCGUUCUUUACUGUUAAUAUCGUCGACCCGUUCAUUGAGUAUGGGACUGCUGCUGUGAUAUGGGAUGUGUUCCUGUGGUUGGGGUAUGUCAACUCCUCCCUAAACCCUUUCCUCUAUGGUUUCUUUAACCGAUCCUUCCGAAGGGCUUUCCUCAUGAUCAUGGGCUGCAGAAUAUGUCUGCAUGGCACAGCUCAAGGAAUGGACCUCUCUCACUCGAAAAGAGAUGCCAAUGAGCGCACUGACAACCAGUAGACUGUUUAUCUGUUUGAAUCAAAUAUCCCAAACUUGUUCCUGUCCAGCCCAUAUGGCAAAAUGUGUUUUUUACCAAAAUAUUGUUCAAAUAUAGACUUUAGUGUCUUUGUUAGUGCGCCUGCCUACCAUGCCAGAAAUGUUGGUUUGAAUCCUGCUGAGGGGCGUAUUUCCCAAAAGCAUCAUUAGCUAACUGUGAUUGCAAGUUUUAUUGAACUUUAUGUUAUGGUAACGACGGAACUUGCACCCAUAGUUGCUUUUGGGAAAUGCACCUCAUGACAAGUGAGGUGAGGAGAACCAGAAGGGUGACACUGGUGCCGUGACCCAGAUGGGAGUGAGGUUUAGGGAUAUGAGUUUAACGGAGGCCAGCUAACAAGAGCUGUGCAGGUAAACCUCACUACCCUGAUCUUAAAAGGGUGCACUAGCGUCUGAAACUAGAGGCUGUGGUCUUUAGCAUCCUUGUUAACGCACAUAUAAAUUUCUUGCCCCCAAAAUAUAUUUUGGUAAAUGAGGGUUAAAACAAAAUAUAUUUUCUAUUUCAUAAAUAUAUUUGGAAUAUAUCAUGAGCUUUACUCUUUACAACAUAUUUUUUGCCAUAUGGGUUAUUGAAAAUAUAUUUAUGUAAAUAUAUUUUAAAAUCUUUAUUAGAAUAGGCCAUUUUUGUAUAUUUCAAAACAUAUUUAAAAUAGCUAUGAAUGUAUUACUGCUCUAUGGGUGACCAUAGGUAUUAUUCGUUGUAAGACUGUAAAAGUUUUUAAGGAUUAACACAUUAUGGAAUCUCAUUAUUGGUUCCAAAUAAUGAUCAAUGAUAUAACACAAACCCCAGUGAGAUCUGUUAGGCUAACAGCAUGACAAGUGAUAAAGUGCAUGCAAACAUUGUGAUUUAGUGUCGAACUUCCUGUAAAAUGUGUUUUCUUUCACAUCUUUCACUGUGUGAAUAAAUAAGAUGUCUGGCCUGCAUUCAUUUUUUUUUUUUUUUUUUUUUACAGAUUUAGUGCUUUGCAGCAAAUAAUCCUUCAUUCUACCGCAUCUAUUGCUAACACUAGUGCAAAGUGCACUCAAGGUAACAAACAGAACUUUUCAGUUCAUAUAUUGGCAGGAUUAUGAGCAUUCUGUGGUACGAGCUGUAACAGUGGGAAUCUAAAAUGGUUAAGAGCACAUUUUAAAUUCACAUAAUGUCCUUUGAAGAAAAAAGUUCUGGUAUGUUCAACAAAAUAUGGCAGCAUGAAAUAAUAAACACAGUGAAGAACAACCAGGAACAUUAUGUGUUUGCUUUUGAGUGUGCGGUUACAGUGCACUUACUACACAUAAAGUGCCUAUCAAAAGAAACACUCCAAAGAUGUGUGACACAUCCUCCACA